GUGUACAGUGUGUAAAUUGAAUGUGUGCGUUACAACUUUCAGUUUUGCCCGAAUUAGAGAAAAAUGCUGCGGCCUUGGCGAUCCAGCUAGACACACUAUUACAGUCACUAACAUCAGCACUCAACCAGAUGUCGAGCCUUACGUUGGACUGUACAACCGUAUUUUCAAAUUCUGUGGAUUAUACCUGUGAAACUAUCAGCGCAUGUAUAAAGUCUACUUACGUCCUAAUGGCCAAGUGCGAAGAAUUAUCUAGAUCGAUGUCUCAGCUUGAACCUUUGAAAAAAGAAGUGUAAGUUAAAUUACAUAAGAAUCAGUUAAAGAUAUUUAGGUUGUAUGUUUUCCUCCCAGUUCUGUUAUUACUGACGAUUUACUACAUACUGGUAUGUGCGUAGAGGUUAAAAUCCAUGCAGACCGAGUAACUGAUAAAGCUGAAAGUCUGCAUCAACUAAGAUGGGUAGGAAUUAAGCUGAGGAUGCUAAGUCACUAAUUAUCUCAACAUACAGUACUGAUUAAGAUAUGAAUAUAUUCGAUAAAAAGUUUAUAACAAUAUCGGACGUGAUGCAAUCGCAUAUUGGAUCAGGUUUCUAUACUUCACUUUAGCACAGCUAGAGAACUUCAGCCAAAAAGUGGAUAAACAACUGAAACUGAAGGUAUCACAACUAACACAAAAUUCAAAAAAAAACACUUAAAGGGACAAGAUGUAUAUAAUGACUUUUUGAGGUGUCUGUGUAUGUGUGCAUGCAUCUACAACACCAUUACAAUCGAUUUUAGGGCAUAUUGCUCACAUUUUUUAAAUAUCAACCUUGGUUAUCCCGUAAACGAAACCCACUCAUCAAUCUUGUGGAUAUUUGUGCAGUAGGCAAUGACCUACACCUAUCGCUUGAAGGCUGAUUAUAUUACCUAGUUGUCCAAACCUCGUUACGUGGAGCUGAGUUCGAACCCACGACCCAUCGGUUGGAAAUCAAAUGCUCCCCGAGACCAUAGGAAUCAAUGGUUGCAAACUCUUGUUGACCUGGCUGAAGAUGAAUCACAAUGGCGCAGGUGUAUUUAUUCUUUGACAUCUAAAGUUUGGAUAUUUUCACCUACCUUUAUAUUCAUAUUGUUUCUCCUCCCAUACAAUUUUAUACACUUUGAUAUCAGUCUUCUUCUAUCCGUUUUUUGUUUAUAUGGUGUCAUGAAGUGUGCCAAAUCUAACCGAUGCACUUCUGUACGAUAUUCUACGUUGAUUUUGUCUGUCUUUGUCUUAUUCUGUAAAUCCCGUCCAAGAAGCUGUCAUUUCCUCCAAUAUGGCUCACCCAACUAGUGGUAUUAUUAGGUGGGUGUGAUGUUUUGAUCUGUUUUCUUUACUAAUAAUGAUAUGAUUGAAAUUUAUCAGUUUAGAUGACCAGAAAACCAACGUGAUUAAAAUAGUCUUUAAAUUCGUAUGGCAUGCGUAUACAGAGCGCAAGAACUGUAAAUGUGAAGAAAUAAAACAGCCUCUAAGCUUUAGUGGAAAUGUAUUGAUCAAAUCUCCUUUAAUUAUAAGAUCCUGAAAGAGAUAUACUUAACAAUUAUGCAACUUGGCAUUCAUUUACCUAACAGUAGUACUUUAUUCAGUCGACUAUUAAUGUUGCGUUAAUAUCUUACUUUACGGGGCGUAUAGAAAUUUAAAAACCAGUAGUGUGUACAUAGAAUAUUCAAUGUUUUCAUUUCUAUUCAAUUUGAGGUGUAGCUCGUUAACUUAAGAAUUUGACUUUCAAGUUAUUGGUUUUGGGUCCGAACCUCGCCCCACUUACUUAAUUUGUCAGGAAUAGGUCUGUUACACAGAUAUCCUGUAAUAAGGUGUGUAGGAUUUUAAGGUAAAUAAAUGAUAGCUUCAUCUACACUGUUAUCACAGAUCUUUAAUAACUUUCGCUCAAGGUUACCAACCACUGACAUAUACCUUUUUCAAGGCUUCUGUUGAAAAGCCUAUAGUUUUCUUCAUGAAUCAAACAAAUAGUCAACAAAUUCAUGGAUUGUUUCCAAAUUCCUAUCGUAUCACCCUGUAACUUACCUGUGCUUCUGCCAAUAACUGUCAUGUAGGUUUGCGAAAUUAACAUGUUCCAAUAAUCCCAUUCAGCUCAAACCUGAAGCCUAUAAACUUAAAAAUGUAAUUUAACUGGGUACCCAUCUAUUUUCUAGACCAUAAGCCACACUUAUUAUGUAAAGGCUAGAAGCAUUUCUCGGUUCCUCCAGUCGAUGCAGAUGAGGUGUGGUUUAAACCGGGAACCCAAAGCUUAAAAGUCUUGUGCAAGCUAAUGAGUCUAAUCUAUCAGUAUAGCGUCAUACCAAUUAAAACCAUAUAGGGAGGCAUUGCUCAUUGAGUGUUAUCAGCGCAUAGACUGGAACUGGAUGCAUAGAUCGUUCAAUUUUUGCCAGAUUCAGCACAGAACACUUCAUGAACCUAAAGUGUGACGUAAGUAUAUAAAAUAAUGUUUCAGAGUAAAUUAAUAGUAAUGAUGUCAAUUAAUUCCAGACUAUAUUUAUUUUAUUUUAGUCUGUUUGUUAGAAAUUUCAAACAGUUAAGCAGCGUCAUUUACUGGAUAACGUUUCGGAUAUAAUUUAUUGCCCAUAUUCUUAUCAUAUAACUCCACAACUUUGAGAUAUGGUUCAUAUGGUUUUUAUCUCUCAUUUUCUGUGAUCAGGGCAGUAGAAUUUUUUAUAUAUCUGGGACGGAUGUAGAAUCAUUUCUGUUGCAUGUAUUUGUUAUUGACUCGGUCAACAAAGAUUCGGUUGUCAAUCCCUCCUUCCACCCAAGUAAGUUAGCCUCUAAUACAGUUCCUCUAUCCCACUCCAUUGUGUGGUUGUGUAUAAUUGCGUGCAGAGCAAUAGCCGAGCUUUUUUCUAAAUUUCUUAUCUUAUAAGGAUCUACUAACCUUGAUUUAGCUAGGUUUUUGUUCUCUUCUAUUCUAAUCGACCCUGGUUGACUACUUUGACCCAUCUAUUUAACCUCACAAUCAUUGCGAGGGAUUUGGUAAAGUAAAUUAUUUCGCUUAAUUGGAUCUAUAGGAUCUUUUAACCUACAACCCCUGUUUCUAAGCGAGUUUUUUGGUUUAAACGCCACUCUAAUACCAGCCUUAUUGAAUAUCCUUCGUUACACUUCUGAGAUACUUUUUGUAUGGUAACGCAGUGGAAGCUUUGAAUAUGACCAAUUAAUUACAUCUGAAACGUUAUCCAGUAAAUGAUACUGUUUCACUGUGUGACAUUUCUAAUAAACAGACCAAAAUAGAAUUGUAAUAUAUCACAGUACCCAAGGUACUUUUUUAUUGGGUUCUGUAGAAAAACAGAUUUAUUUAGGGGGAUCCUAUUGUAAAUGAAUCAUAAUAUUGUAGUCUUUUAUUAGUUUCCUUCGAAAAUCAAAUUUUUAAAGGCUUUUGUGUAAAGCUUACUAGUGCUAAUGAAUUCGAUGUGUUACAUUUAUUUUUUCUUAGAGAAAGUUUGAAACGGACUCUCAGCAAAUUUGAAGAUGCAUUGUAUACACCUUCGAAAUCAUGAAAAUCCACAUACAAAAUCCAACGUUGUCAUCCAUACUUCUUUUGCUAUUUUAUGACUAAUUUCAAAUAUAAAAAGUUUGUCAUUCUCUUUUGUAACACUUCUAAUUUGUUCUCCAACAUACUGUGAUGGUGAUCUUAAGUUGAGCCUAUUAUUGUGUCGUAUCAAUUAAACUAAUCUUAUAUGGAAUUACACUCUAUCAUAAUGCUCAAGUUGUUCAGUUAUAUGAUGUGCAAACUUCUGGGUUAGCUGGCAGUGCAAUUCAGUAGCGGUGUACGGAUUUGUGUACUAGGUGAUUAGCCCCAGGCCUAUUUCAAGCUGGCGGUGAUACCAUUCUAGUGUCUGAACCUCGACAGCUGAAGCUGUAUUUGAACCUGCGACGCCAACUGGUUGAGAAUUGAAUAUCUAAUUUGAUUAACUACAUUCCAUUCUCUGAGAUAUCGUUUGUACAUAGGAUGACUUUUAAUCAUAUUUAUGUUCUUAAACAUUUUGUCUUUUACUUUAUCGAACAAUGAUAUACCUUCCAGUUGGCAUUUCCUUUGGUAAUUAUUUGGUGUUCCAUGUCCGUGGAUAAUCAACAUUUAAGUAAAACAUUUCAGUAUUCGGUUUAUUUGCGAAUUAUCAACUGGUAAAAUUCCAUUUCAGUACAUAUUUUAACUUUUCGUUUGUUUUGCUGUUACAAUAAACCUAUCUGUUUCAUC